GUGAACAGACGAGAAGUGGUUGUCAACGAAAAUUGGUGUGCAGGAGAUAGACUCUCAUUAGUGGUGUUUUAUUUCACUUUUAUACUAUAAAGAUGGAUGAUCUCCAAUCAGCAGAAGAGACUGCAUUUAUUGUGGAUGAAAUAAGCAAUAUUAUUAAGGAGUCUGUGGAAGGUGUAAUAGGAGGCAAUGCAUACCAGCAUAAUAAGGUCAACCAGUGGACAUCUAAUGUGGUGGAGCAGUGUCUGAACCAGUUAACAAAGCUUGGCAAACCCUUCAAAUACAUUGUAACUUGUGUGAUAAUGCAAAAGAAUGGAGCAGGACUACAUACAGCCAGCUCAUGCUUUUGGGACAACACAACUGAUGGGGAAAUGAGUCAGUUUGCACAUUUUCCAAAUAUGCCCUCAAGUGCAGUGGUCCAUGCUGAUUAG